GUUUCUGUAGGUCUCUUGGGAAUAUCUGGGAUUCAGAUGAUGAUAUAUAGUACUGCUGUGUAACAGUUUGAGAUAUCUUGAAGGUCAGAUUAAAUGACCAGUACUGGGAGCCAAUAGAGCUAUUAAGAGUUUGUUCCUAAGGAAAUCUGUUAAUCCUUCUCUUUGUUACAUUUGAAGCUGCACACUAUCAAAACUACUCUAUGUGCUUGCCUUAGUCUAGUAGUGUCAGUGUUUUAUCAACAGAUAAUUGAGCCGCUCUAAAAAAAAAAUUGGAAAAUGGAGCUGUGACUAGCUAUUUUUUGUUUUGUAUGAUUUUUCUUCUAAAAACAAACUGAAAAGAGAAUUAAGGAAAACUUGAGAGAAUUGUUCUACAUCCAAAAUGAUACCCUGUGGACCUGUUCUGUCAUUUGUUCGGUGUUUGUUGCGAAGAAAAAUUGUCACUGUGGACAGUCUUGAAGAUUCCAAGUUAUGCCGAUGUUUAUCCACUCUGGACCUUAUAGCUCUGGGAGUGGGAAGCACUCUUGGUGCUGGUGUUUACGUACUUGCUGGAGAAGUUGCAAAAGCAGAUUCUGGACCUAGUAUUGUUAUUUCUUUCCUCAUUGCUGCCUUGGCAUCUGUGAUGGCAGGUCUUUGCUAUGCUGAGUUUGGUGCUCGUGUUCCCAAGACUGGUUCUGCAUAUUUGUAUACUUAUGUAACUGUUGGUGAACUGUGGGCUUUUAUCACUGGCUGGAAUCUCAUUUUAUCAUACGUUAUAGGUACAUCCAGUGUAGCAAGAGCGUGGAGUGGCACCUUUGAUGAACUCCUUGGAAAACAAAUUGGUCAGUUUUUCAGAACCUACUUCAGAAUGGAUUUUUCUGGUCUAGCAGAGUAUCCAGACUUCUUUGCAGUAUUUUUGAUAUUGCUUCUGGCAGGUCUUCUGUCUUUUGGAGUAAAAGAAUCCGCAUGGGUGAAUAAGAUCUUCACUGCUGUUAACAUCUUGGUUCUCCUCUUUGUUAUGAUUUCUGGCUUUGUGAAAGGAGAUACUGACAACUGGAAAAUAAGUGAAGAAUCUCUCAUAAACCUCACAGCACAAACAGGAAAUUAUUCUUCCUAUAAGAACGUGACAAGCAUAUUUGGGGCUGGUGGUUUUAUGCCAUAUGGUUUUACAGGAACAUUGGCUGGUGCUGCAACAUGUUUUUAUGCCUUUGUGGGAUUUGAUUGCAUUGCAACAACUGGGGAAGAAGUCAGGAAUCCUCAGAAAGCUAUACCUAUUGGAAUUGUGACUUCCCUGCUUGUCUGUUUUAUGGCCUAUUUUGGUGUUUCGGCAGCUUUGACUCUUAUGAUGCCAUACUAUCUUCUAGAUGAGAAAAGUCCUCUUCCUGUAGCAUUUGAAUAUGUUGGAUGGGGUCCUGCAAAGUAUAUUGUAGCAGUGGGAUCCCUCUGUGCUUUGUCCACAAGUCUUCUCGGCUCUAUGUUCCCUCUGCCCCGAAUUCUGUUUGCCAUGGCACGAGAUGGUUUACUGUUUAGGUUUCUUGCCAAAGUGAGUAAGAGGCAGACACCAGUUGCUGCCACAUUGACAGCAGGGGUCAUCUCUGCUAUAAUGGCAUUUCUUUUUGACCUAAAGGCUCUGGUGGAUAUGAUGUCUAUUGGUACACUUCUUGCUUACUCCCUUGUAGCAGCCUGUGUUCUCAUCCUCAGGUACCAACCCAACUUAACCUAUGAGCAACCAAAAUAUUCUCCAGAGAAAGAGGCUCUGACAGGAUCAGAGAGGGAAUCUCAAAUUAGUAUGCUUCAAGGGCACCGCUUCAGUCUUCAGACAUUGAUGAAUCCAUCCAGUUUGCCUACAGAGCAGUCUGCCACUACCGUUAGCUUUUUGGUGGGUCUAUUAGCUUUUCUGGUGUGUGGGUUGAGUGUUCUGACCACAUAUGGGAUUCAUUUUAUUGCUAAUAUGGAGCCUUGGAGCAUUGGUCUUCUUGCUGUGUUGGUAGUACUCUUCAUAGUCAUUGUUCUCACCAUAUGGAGGCAGCCUCAGAGCCAGCAGAAAGUAGCCUUUAUGGUUCCAUUCUUGCCAUUUUUGCCGUCCUUCAGUAUUUUGGUGAAUAUUUACUUGAUGGUACAGUUAAGUGGAGAGACUUGGAUCAGAUUUAGCUUUUGGAUGGCUUUUGGCUUCUUUAUUUACUUUGCAUAUGGCAUCAGACAUAGUCUUGAAGGUCAUCCUAGAGAUGAGGAAGAUGAAGAUACUUGCUCAGAAAAUAGUGGAAUACAGGAAAAGAACCCUGUGGAAGAAGCAGAUGAACAUACAAAUGAAAAUGCUCAGUUUAUUACACAUGAAAGGACAAGUGAAUGUUAAUGUUUGCAAACAACCUUAACGUGCAUGUCUCUUAAGUAGUAGUAAACUGUGAUCGAAUGUAGUUGCUGAACGAAAUUGUCAAAAGGUAGCUGCCAGCAGAUUAACAGUAAUUUAUAUUUGUGCAUCUUGAAAGUGCCUACCACAAAGCGUGACUGACGUGUUGAACUAGCUGCUAAUACCUCUUGGAUACUUCAGAUCCAGUCACAUGAAGACUUUCUUCAGUGAAAAAUUGAUAUCCCAGAUGAAAACAUCAAGGAAGAUAAGGAGAAGGACAGACUUCCAAGGGGAUAACUGUACCUUUGCUAUGCUAAAAUUUGAGGGUGUUUUGGUUGCACAAUUAUAUACAAUUAAUUGGUGAUGACAAAGUAUAAAGAAUUUUAGGAUUGCUUACAAAAGGGCCCUGAACAUUUUACAUUUUAUGAAGAAAGCAACUGCUUUUCAUAUGUUCUCCUUAUCCCUGUGCGUUAAAAUACUUUGUCAUGGUCUGAUAGAGUAUAAUGAAUAACAAAGUGACGAUACUCUUUGAUCAUUAAAAUAUUGAAUUCCUUCUUAUU